GCAUGCGUGGACUGAUCUGGUAGUCCGAUACCGACCGGGGAGUGACAGCUGUGUUUGUGAGGAAGUUUGCAAUUAUGACUGUUAAUAGUUUGCCGGUGCGGGAUGUGUCCGUUCACUUCAGUUUGCUUCAACAGUAUUUAUUUCUUCUGAAGAAAUAUCCCAUUCUGACUAAAUCAAUAACAAGUGGCAUCCUCUCAGCCUUAGGAAAUCUGCUUUCUCAGAUUGUGGAGGCAAGAAAAAAGUCCAAAGAUGAUGGAGUAGUCCAAAAGAUUGACACAGCUGGAGCUGCACGCUAUGCCAUUUAUGGUUUGUUCAUUACAGGACCAGUCAGCCAUUACUUUUACCAGCUGAUGGAGGUGUGGAUGCCAAGUACAGAUCCAUACUGUGUGCUCAAACGUCUGCUUUUGGAUCGCCUUGUUUUUGCCCCUGGCUUCCUGUUGCUUUUCUUCUUUGUAAUGAACAUCCUUGAGGUAAAAGGACUGGAUGACUUUAUGAAGAAGUUCAGAAGAAGCUACUGGACCGCUCUGAAGAUGAACUGGAGGGUUUGGACACCUUUCCAGUUCAUCAAUAUCAACUUUGUGCCUCUCCAGUUCCGAGUGCUAUUUGCCAACAUGGUGGCCUUAUUUUGGUACGCCUACCUCGCAUCGGUCAGGAAAUGAAGCAUCCCAAGAUUUCAACUCAGGUAAAUCAACUGGAUGGACUACAAUGGGAGAACAAUGAGAUUAUACAUGCAGCCAACUGGUCAGCAGUCCAUUUUUGUGGACAAUAAUAAUAUAACAAUAACUUUUAUCACUGUGAUUUAAACAUUUCUAAUACUUGACAGGGUUUAAAACAUACCAAGACCUGUAUUGCAAGUCACGAUAAUACUGUAUUAAAUAAUAAAAUUGUGUAUUAACUACUGAUACUAAAGUGCCUCGAAUGGUAGAUGUCGGUGUUGUAAUAUGAAAAAUAAAAUAUAACAGAAAUACAGAUGACUCAAUUUACACACUUAUGCUGAGAAGUUCACGAUUGUUCACACUAACCAUGGCAGAGAAUGCACUCAGCGCCCGGAUGUUGCACUCAGGUGUACAGCCAUCCUUAAUUGUGAAUGUUCUCAUUCAUCCAGGUCAUUGUCAUCUCAGGGCAUUCAAUCGAUCUCAACUGGACUGUUUAGUUUGUCUUAAACAACAACUACAGCUUGUUCAGAACGCUGCUGCUAAAGUUCUAACAAAGACCAAAAAAUAUGAGCACAUUACACCAAUUCUUAAAUCCUUACAUUGGCUCCCUGUACAUCAGAGAAUUGAUUUCAAAAUCCUCCUGCUCACAUAAAUCACUACAUGGUCUAGGGCUGAAGUAUAUCACUGAUAUGCUCCCACUAUAUAAGCCCUCUAGAUCAGUGGUCCCCAACCCUCGGGCCAAUCGGUAACGGACCGCAGAAUAAUUUUUUAUUAAUUUUUUAAAAAUGUUUUAAAUGUUGAAUUUUUUUUAAUUUUUAUUAAAUCAACAUAAAAAAACACAAAAUACACUUACAAUUAGUCCACCAACCCAAAAACCUCCCUUUUUCAUGACAAAAAAAAAAAAAAUUCUCCCAGGUCCGCAGCUACAAAAAUGUUGGGGACUACUGCUCUAUAUCACUAAUAUCUGAGACCAAUCUGUUAGCGGUUCCCAGAGUAAACCCAAAUCAAGGGAGAGCAUCAUUCAGUCACGACGCAACAAAUAGCUGGAAUAAACUUCCUGAAGAUGUCAGACUUUCCCCAACUCUGACCACUUUUAAAACUAGACUAAAAACUUCUAUGUUCACCUUAGCUUUCAGCUAAAUCUUUUAAUCUUUUAACGUCCGCACUGUUUUUUUUAUUGUCUGCAUAACUUUUAUUUUCUCUCAUUUCACUUUGUUGUCUGUGAAGCACUUUGAGUCUGCCUUGUGUAUGAAAAGUGCUAUACAAAUAAAGUUGCCUUGCCUUAAA